UUGCUAAUAAUCAUGUGUUUGCUGCAUGGAUUUGUUGUGAUCUGCAUUCAUAACUUGAGUUUCCAGUAUCUGUCAGAGGAUGUGAGGAGCGUUCAGAUGCAUGGAAAAAGAUUUCUUUCUUCUUUUUAUGCACACUACCAUUUAUAGAAGCUCCUGGUGAAGUCUGUUGCAACACCUAAAUAAGCAAAAUGUCUCACUACACAGAUGAGCCACGCUUCACCAUCGAACAGAUCGACCUGCUGCAGAGACUGCGGCAUACAGGUAUGACCAAACCCGAGAUCGUGCACGCACUGGACACCCUGGAGCGACUCGACCGUGAGCACGGGGACAAGUUCAGCCGGCGCGGCCCGUCGGACUCCAACGCCACCAACAGCACCACCUCCAGCACUACACCCACCUCAAAUAACACUAGCAACGCCACCAUGGCGACCUCCUCCACCACCUCCACAGCAACGCAAACGCAGUUCCACGGUAAUUUAUCGCCGUCGCCCAGCAACAGUUACGCCACGUCUCCACCCGCCGUCUUACCCUCGCCGGUCUCUCUGGUUGCCAUGGCGCAGAAUGGGCGGGACGCUUUGGCGGCGACGCCCAAUGGGAAGCUGUCGCCAAACCGUUACCCGGUGAACAGUGCGGCGGCCGUGAGAUCGUAUGGGCUGGAGGGGUCAGAGGAGGACCUGGAUAUAGACGACAAGGUGGAGGAGCUCAUGAGGCGAGACGGCACCCUGGUGAAGGAGGAAAUCAAAGCCUUUCUGGGCAACAGACGCAUCUCACAGGCCGUGGUGGCUCAGGUCACAGGCAUCAGUCAGAGCAGAAUCUCUCACUGGCUCCUCCAGCAGGGCUCAGAUCUCAGCGAACAGAAGAAACGAGCUUUCUAUCGCUGGUACCAGCUAGAGAAGACAACACCAGGUGCCACAUUAAAUAUGCGGCCCACCCCUGUAUCUCUGGAUGAGAUGGAGUGGCGUCAGACUCCGCCCCCCAUAAGCUCCGCCCCUGGAAGCUUUCGUCUGCGCCGAGGCAGUCGAUUCACCUGGAGGAAGGAAUGUCUUGCUGUGAUGGAGAGCUAUUUCAGUGAUAAUCAAUAUCCAGAUGAAGCCAAACGAGAAGAAAUCGCCAACGCCUGCAACGCUGUCAUUCAGAAACCAGGAAAGAAGUUGUCUGACUUGGAAAGAGUCACAUCAUUGAAAGUCUACAACUGGUUUGCCAACCGACGCAAAGAGAUCAAGAGGAGGGCCAAUAUUGGGUCUUUUUUCCAAGAAGCCACAAUCUUGGAGAGUCACGGGAUCGAUGUGCAGAGUCCCGGAGGACACUCCAACAGCGACGAUGUCGACGCGAACGACUACAACGAGCAGGGUUGUGAUGUUACCUAUUUUGAAAAGAGAGGUGUGAACAGACCCUUUGGUUACUACCGUCUGGAGCCCACCUCACCAACACAGGAUGACGCCGGCAAUCACGCAGACCACCAGGACCCCAUCUCUCUCGCCGUGGAGAUGGCAGCUGUCAAUCACAGCAUCCUCGCCCUGUCCCAUCCGGGAGGCGGGGCCAGUGAAAUCAAGACAGAGUCACUGGAUGACGACUGAGGAAGAGCGCAGGAUGAAGAGGAUCGAUGAGUGCGUGCGUGUGUGUUCAUGGAGCAAUGACCAAAUCAGCUCCAUUUGGCCUGCCAUCAACACUCCUACUGAACCACUAAACACACCCAGAGUCAACGACACGCACUCUUGACAGGAACUGAUAAGUGGAAGGUCGUUGCACGAUGUUUCGGCCAUCACCUACGGCUCUUAUUUAACCCUUGCCGACCCAAACCUCGUACCUCAUUCCAGUAACUUGUAUAAUGUUUGGUGUGCUUCCUGUCCGUGUGCUCCAGUGACCCUCAUUCCCACAGAUAAGCUAAAGGCAGAUGGUUUAGGAGAGAGGCGAGUCUCAGCAAAUUUCUGCUCUGGAUCCAUGAUCUCCUCCAUUCCCACUACAGAUGCUCUCAGUUCACAGGUUUAACGUUUCUACUUUACUUUUGUAAGGGAUUUCAUCAAACAGCAAUUGGGUGAAUCUCAUGAAAACUGUCAAGAACACAUUUCACCACAGAGUGAAAGAAAAAUUUAUAUAGCAGCAAUUGGGUGAAUCUCAUGAAAACGGUCAAGAACACAUUUCACCACAAAGUGAAAGAGAAAUUAAUAU